GCGCCCGCCCUCCGCCGCCGCGCCGGGCCAUGGCCGGCCAGUUCGACGCAGAGGACCAGGCGAGCUGGUACUGGGGGCGCCUGAGCCGGGCCGAGGCGGUGGCACUGCUGCAGGGGCAGCGCCACGGCACCUUCCUGGUGCGCGACUCCGGCACCAUCCCGGGCGACUUCGUGCUCUCCGUCUCCGAGAGCUCCCGCGUCUCGCACUACAUCGUCAACAGCCACGGCGGCGCGGCCGGAGCCGCCUCGCCCCCGCCCGCCGGAUUGAAUCCUCCUAGGUUUCGAAUAGGUGAUCAAGAGUUUGACUCCCUGCCAGCAUUGUUGGAGUUCUACAAAAUACACUACUUGGACACUACCACCUUGAUAGAACCUGUUUCAAAAUCCAAGCAUAACAGUGAUGUGCAAUUGAGGCAGGAAGAAGCUGAGUAUGUCCGAGCCCUUUUUGACUUUACUGGCAACGACGAUGAAGAUCUUCCAUUUAAAAAAGGAGACAUACUGAGAAUUUUGGAAAAGCCUGAAGAGCAAUGGUGGAAUGCAGAACACAGCGAAGGCAAGAGAGGGAUGAUCCCUGUUCCCUAUGUGGAGAAGUACAGACCUGCCUCUGCUUCUGUAUCUGCUCCAAUUGGAGGUAACCAGGAUAGCCCACUCCCACCACCGCUUGGUGGACCAGAGCCAGGCCCCUACGCCCAGCCCAGCAUCAACACUCCACUCCCCAACCUGCAGAACGGCCCAAUUUUUGCUCGAGUUAUCCAGAAGCGUGUACCUAAUGCCUAUGACAAGACAGCCUUGGCUUUGGAGGUUGGCGAGCUGGUAAAGGUCACCAAGAUCAAUAUGAGUGGCCAGUGGGAAGGGGAGUGCAACAACAGGCGAGGGCAUUUCCCAUUCACACAUGUCCGGCUACUCGAUCAGCAGAACCCCGAGGAAGACUUCAGCUGAGUGUGGCUCAACUGUUCUGCUUACAGAUGGGAACAAGAACAGGGUGUUUCACUGCAGCAGCAAGAGAGACUGUUCAUAAAUACGUCAAAGGCAGUGCUGUUUUUGCACGCAUCCUGGUAGAUAAACUAGCCCUGGGAUCCAACAUCUGACAGAGGCUUGUGUUUUCAGGGGACGCAAUGCAAUGGCUUUGGUGCCAAGUGCUCAAACUAGCACACAAGCAUAUAGGUAUGUUCAAGAUAUUGCCUCUCUCCCUUCCCCGUAACCCUGCAGUAGGAUAAGAAUACUAUGGAAGUUUUGUUUGUGGCCUUCAUAGACAGAAAGCCUCAACAAUUAUGUAGGAGCCUCAUAACGUGUUAACCAGAGUUCUUCCCCCCCUUUGGAUUUGCUUGAUGAUGAAACUUCUGUGUCAUAACUGCUUAUUGCAUAAUGAGUAAACUGCAAGGAACAGAUGGUUGUUUCUUUAACUGAAUAUAGCCAUAUCAGGAUAGCUACAGCACAACAACUGGGAUUUAUAGUUGUUCAAGGCCCAACCCAUACCUCCUCCUGAAUACCCAAGAAGGAAUUUCCUAGAAAUUGUUCUCCAUUAUAUUCAUAGUAAGUAGCUGAUUUAACCUUGGAACUAGAUAUUAAUACAUAUAAAUGUGGGUAGACCACUAAACCUUCCUUGCAGUUCAGCAAACCAUGUUCAUUGCCCAGUAUUCAUUACUGUAAGGGUCUGAGAGUUACUUAAACCAGUUGGAGAAUGAGGAAAGAAAAAGGGAGAAUCUGAAAGUUUGUUUAAUUACUCUUUCAAUGUAGCAAAUGAGCAUUGCCAACUUAAACUGAAAUGCCAAAUCCUUUUCCUCUAAAACUUGCUGUUUGGGAUUGUUUUGUUUCCAUCUGUCAAGCAUUCAAAUGGUAGAUUCAUGAAGAUCUUAUUUUUAAUAAACUAAUGGAAAUACUUAUCGUUCUGGACUGAUUCUAAGAAAUAUAUAGUUCACAAAAGUGAGCAUUUUAUAGCUUUCUCUAUUCAAUACUUGAACUUUCAACUUUUUUGUACUAAUAUUUCCAAGGCUGUUUAUCGCCAAAUCAUUUUUUACCCAAUUCCCCAAAAACUGGAUGCUUAGCAAGAAGCAACACCUCCUCCUCUGCAUCCCCCCCCCCACAUCCUUUUGGGAGAAGAAUGGAUUGCAGCUGCAGGGGCAGGUUUGUACAGAAGGCCUUCUUGCUAAACAAUACAGCCCAUUAGAUGCUUACAUAUGGAACAGUAUCAUUCCGCUAUUUUAACCAUACUGAACGACUCCCAUUACUGAAAACCUUUCUGCCAUGAAAGGCUUGCAGCAAAACAGGGCACAAGACAGUCUGCCUUUAGAAAUGCAACACAGAAGUGGCUAAGAUAUUCUUUCACUGCUGACAGAGUGCAAUCGCUUUACUUAGAAGGAGCUGGUCCAGAGGGCAUUCUUAGGCUUUUGAGCACUGCCAAAAGCAGUCCCUCCCAACCUUGGAUCCCUGAAUAAUGUUGGCCUAACUCCCACUACCUGAAGCCAGCAUAAACCGUGAUAGGGCAUGGGAGCUGCAGGCCAACCAAGCCAGCAUCUGCUGGCUUAAGGAGGCAUAUUUGUCUCUCCGUACCAAAACAACUGCUAUUCGGCAAUGCCGUAGAGAUUUCGCAAAAUGAAGGCUGGGAAGGGAAGGCUGGGAAGGUGGUGUAUGCCCUGCCCAGUCUGGAUAUCCUGCUCAGACCCUUGAGCAAAGAGCGUGGCUUUGCUCCUUAACUGGAAUGCAGUAGUAGAUAUUUGCUAUAGUCUCUAAAGUACGUUUACUCAUUUCCUGGUCACUGCUCCUUUAAGGCAGUCAAACUCUUCCUAUGGAGCAGGCUGAUAACUAUAUAUACUUCCAGUCCACAUGAUCAGGCUUUGCUUUGGCUGGUUUAGUGGUUUCUCUUGCAAACUACCGCAUAUUUUGUCGUGAAAACUACGUUUCAAGUAGAAAUGGAAGACUUUUAAUUAAACACUAUGACCUGCUUUGCAUGAUCAAAAUAGCUCACUGUGGUCUGUUUAUGUCAUAGUGGGUUGCAGUGCCUGCCUGCCAGAAUUUCUUUAAUCCUUGUGCAGCUCUCAGUCCCCCGAGUGCAUAUGACACAAGUCAUGGCUGGGCACUGAAUAUUCAAAAUACUUUCUGGCACACACCACUGCCCCUCAUGGUUUACACAGUACAUGGUGACUGUUUGAUCAUGGGAGCCCCUCUGCUGAAUUUUAAAUAUCAGCUUGGCAGGAUGAAGAAUUUUAGAGCAGGGUUUGUGAAGUGACAGUGAUUCAUUUGGAAGUGGAAACUGAAUAAAUCUAUAAUUUGAUACAUUGUUCAUAUUUGAAACAAAUUCAUAUUUCAAACAAGCUUUAAAGUUUGUUGGCAUUAAUUAACUCAAAAAGUCCUGGACCAGGUCCCUGGUUGGUUCAUUUGCUCUCUCAGCAGCAAAGCUCCUCUGCUUGCAAUUAUAAAGUUGUGAAGCCAUCAUGAGGCGGGUUCCUUGUCCUAGAACUAAAGUUACCUUAAAGGCUUCUAAGAGCAUGCUUGGCUGCCCUGUUUUCGUUUUUUGCAUAGGUAAACUAAAUUCAGUUGAAAUGCGUUUUCUCUCUAACGUUUCAGUCAAGCCCAGCCUUUCAUACUAAAAGCUGAUGUGGUUGAAUCUUACUCUAUCUGAAUUCUUAAUAUUGCAAGUAUUUUAAUCAUCUCGAAUAGCAUGCCAUUUGGCUGAAAGAUGCUAAGUAAACAAACCUGAAGCAGAAUCAUAUGUAAAAAUGUGCCACUGUAUUAUAUAACACUACACACUUUUUUGACAGUAAAUUUUUGUAGCAUGUAAUCAACAUGUGCAUAAUACUAAAUAAAGAUGCAAAACAA